AUGCAAUCGCCGCAGAUGUUUCUGCAGCCCACUUCUCUGCAGAUGCCCAGCCGAACUUCCAUGAUGCAGAUGCCAGAGCAGACACCAACGCAGCAGGUUUUCACAGCAGACUCCAAUCUGCGCGGUCCGCAGACAAUGCCAGACCCUCUCCAGCAGCAGAUUCCCCUCAUGGCGCAGCCGACCUAUGCAAUGCCACAAAUGAUGCAAGCCCCACAAAUGUGGGGACCAAUGCCACAAAUGCAGAUGCCAAUGCCUUAUCAGCAACCUCUUGGUUUGCAGCAGAUGCAAGCCGGGAACUGGAUGCAAGAGCAAGCAGCAAUGGAGCAGCAGUUCAUGGCCAUGAGACAGGAGUUGCAGGAGCUCAGACAGCAGGAAGCCAAGCAGGCCAAGGAUUUAGAACUCAAGACAGCAGAAGCCGAUCUGGCAGACAAGAAAGUGGAGCAGGCAGAAAAGAAGAUGAAGGAUGCUGACGCUGCUGCCAAGCAGCUUCAGGACAGAGAGCAAAGGGUCGAGGACCAGGCCAUUUCUGCUGUCCGAACAGCAAAAGCCCAAGUUUCUCAGGCCCAGACAGAGGUCAAGCAGAUGCAGGAAGAGCUGAGACAGGCGCAGGCCGAUGCGAUCCAGGCGCGAGCAGCCCAGGCAGCAGCAGAGGAGCAAGUCGCAAAGGCGGAAAUGCUGCAAGCUGCGCAGGCUCAGAGCGACAUCAACAAAGACGUGCUGGGCGCGCUCAGCUCCGUGAAGAGAUCGCAAGCUUUGGAGGCUGGAACACCCCAGUGA